UUCAGCCGGGUCUGGUCUGAAGAAACCCUCCAAGGGGCGGAGACUGCGGCUCCUACGCGCAGGCGCACAGAGCCUUCUGGGCAGAAUGGCGGAGGCAGUUCCGCUGCAACCCAAGAGAAAGCGUGAACUCGAUGCCGAGGAUGUGGAGGCUCCCAGCACAGAGGAAAAGGAAGCAGGUGUUGGAAAUGGUACUUCUGACCCGGUCUGCUUACCGUUCUCUGGCUUCAGGGUGCAAAGAGUACUGAGGGAGUCUGCGAGGGACAAAAUCAUUUUCCUACACGGGAAGGUGAAUGAGGACUCUGGGGGUGGGGUUGGAGAGGAUGCUGUUGUGAUCCUGGAGAAGACACCGUUUCAGGUGGAGCAGGUGGCCCAGCUCCUGACAGGCAGCCCUGAGCUCCAGUUGCAGUUCUCCAAUGACAUCUACAGCACCUAUCACCUCUUCCCUCCAAGGCAACUGAGUGAGGUAAAAACAACUGUGGUAUACCCCGCCACGGAGAAACACCUGCAGAAGUACCUGCGCCAGGACCUCCGCCUGAUCCGAGAGACGGGAGAGGACUACAGGAGCGUAACCUUACCCCACCUGGAGUCCCAGAGCCUCAGCAUCCAGUGGGUAUAUAACAUUCUUGACAAGAAGGCUGAAGCUGAUCGGAUUGUUUAUGAGAAUCCAGAUCCCUCUGACGGCUUUGUUCUCAUCCCUGACCUCAAGUGGAACCAACAGCAGCUCGAUGACCUAUACUUGAUCGCCAUCUGCCAUCGCAGAGGAAUCAGAUCACUUCGGGACCUUACUGCAGAGCAUCUGCCACUGCUCAGGAACAUCCUCCGGGAAGGGCAGGAAGCCAUCCUACAGCGCUACCAGCUGAUGGGAGACCGCCUACGAGUGUACUUGCACUACCUGCCAUCCUACUACCACCUGCACGUGCACUUCACUGCCCUGGGCUUUGAGGCCCCUGGUGCGGGUGUGGAGCGUGCCCACCUGCUGGCUGAAGUGAUUGAGAACCUGGAGUGUGACCCAAAACACUACCAGCAGCGCACUCUAACCUUCGCCCUCAGGGCUGAUGACCCCCUGCUCAGGCUCCUGCAGGAGGCACAGCAGCACUAAGUGUGUGUGGAGAAAAGGCACAGAUGCACAGCAUUGGGGCAGUGUGGGGUGGGUUUUUAUCUCCAGGGUAGUUUUAAAAAAUACAUUUUGUACUGGCUUAUUCCUCAUAUGUCAAUAAAAUACCAGGCUCAUGGAUGAGGGCUGAUUGCCUGACCUGGGAAGGGCAGCAGGUGGGCAGAGCUGGUGGGAAGAUCCAGGGAAGGGUGGAAAGUCUCAGGGUGGCAGCUACAGGUGAUGAGAGACAGCGACCCCAGAAGGAUGUUGAGGGCUUUGUCCCCAUCCCUGUGCUCUCCAUGACUGUUGGUUUCCUGCCUGAGUCUGUGCGUCCCUGUUUGCACUCUCACUGCCACAUUUCUCCCCACCUCAACUCCCUUUAGGGGAGGUCCCCAAAAAACCAAAUUUGAAACUUUCCGGAAAUGGGCUACAGAGGUUUUGGAUGCCACUUCCUCUUUUACUCUUCAGCAGUGAGGCCACACCUUGCAUUGAGUUAACACUGUUGUUGUUUUGUUUUGUUUUUGAGACAGGGUCUCACUAUGUAGUUGAGACUAACUUGGAACUCAUUAUGUAGCCCAGGCUGGUCUCAGCCUCCUGCGUGCUGGGAUUACAGGCGUGCGCCACCAUGCCCGGAGUUGACACUCUUGAUAAAUUUUUUGAGCGGAUGGGGAAUUGAUGGCUGGAAAUGGGAGUGUUUUAAUGAGAAUCAGAUGAUGCAGCACCAAAUGCCUGCCUUUGCCUCUUAGCCAGUGUUUGGCCUUGACUUUGUUACCUAGGCAGGAAGACAAAACAGACUCACAUGGAGCAGCCAGAAGAUAAGCGCAAAACAGUGUUAUCAGCAAGGGUAAAGUGAAGAGUUGCAGUUGAGUACAGAAGCUGUGAGGGGGCUUGGGCUUGGGGUGUGGUCACCUCCAUAGGUUCACAGAAUUUCGAGGCCAGGAGGCACCGGGAGAUGACUAGACGUGGAGCCCAUGGACACAUCUGGGAAGGGUGUCCCAUGAGGGCUUUCUGCAGUACAGAAGAUGGUGGCAUCACACUGUCAGAGAGGGAUGGAUGUUCCUUUGUCAGGUAGAGCUGAGGAAAACAUGGCCUGCUUAGGGAGCUCUCUGGGGAGACAGGAUAUCGGGCUCUGAAGGGACAGUGGGGAAGUGUGAGGCAACAGGAUGGCUGUCACUCUGUCCCCUACCUCUGGGACCAGGAGGGCUGGAUUCAGAGCCCAGCUCCCUUGCUUACAGGUGAGGCCUUCACAGGGUGGCCGGGUGUGGUACCUGCUGUAGGCCUACACUGCCCACUGUGGAGAACCACAGUUGAACCAGUGGCCCUGGAAAGAGCAGAGAGGUGGAGUGGAUGGUCAGAAAGUCCCCGAGACCUGCUUUAUCCUCCAGUCUAGCCUUCCGUGCAGCAGUUCAGAAGCCCCAGGAUUUAUGUAACUAGAGCUGGGGUGAAGGAAUUGCCUCAGGAGGUGAUCAAACCAGGUGGGUCUAUCCAAGAUGCAGUCAGCCAGAUCCACUUGUGACUUCCUGAACCAAAAGGAAAUACCUUGUGGGCAGGGCAGGCCCCCCUGGGUGCUGGGUGCUGGGUGCUGACCUGAGGUCUUCUCCCAGAGCAGUUUGCAGCUGACUGGCUGCUUCCUCAUCUCAGUUGCUUCUCUUCCAUGCACCAAAGGAGAAAAGUGAUGCUUCCCCUCAGAAAGCAGAAGGCCCUGACAAGCAAGUCCCAGCUCUAGCAGUCCUGAGGCACCUAGUGCAUGUUCCCUGUGGAACAUCCACAUCCCCUCAGCCACAUCUCAUGUCCCUGCCCCAGCCCCAUCCCCAACCCCAACUGUGCCGCCUGCCAGGCCAGCUGCGACUGAUGGCUGGGUGCCUAAACCUGUGGGAGGGAGGAGUGAUGGGACAGACCAGGUUAGGGGGUCAGCAGUGAGGGGAGGGGUCUGGUCUAGAGAGGCAGGAAGAGCCUUCCCAGGGCCCUGUUCCAGGCAGACAGACUUACAUGGACGGCUUCCCGGCGCCCCGUGGCUUGGCCAAUUCUGUCUUCGUUUUGGCUCAUUCUGUGAGGAGGGGCCUCUAGGGUAGUGUCCUCUCCACUCCUCCCCGACCUCUGUCUUCCCAAUGGCAUGGAAGGAUCUCCUCUCAGGCCUCAGACUUAGUUUCCUAUGUAUAGUUGGAAGGACAGGUCUCGGAGCGCCCACCACAGCAAGCCAGCUUCUGCCUCUGCCAUCUGCAGAAACGUGGCCGCCACACUGUGUCCCUAGGCUAGAACACAGCCCCCUUUGCUCUCACCACCUCCGCACCUCAUCUAAGGCAGCCCACACAGGGUUGCCACUGUGCCGAGUAUGGGGCCAUCUAGGACCCAGAAGCACACUUUGUGUCUUUCAGGGUGGCCCUAUCUGUCUGAAGCAUGACUUGUCCAGCUAGCUUCGCAUACCUCUGACUCCUGCUUGUAACUUAGUUUGCCUGUCUUCCCCAUUUGACUGGGAGGGCCAUGAGGGUAGGAGGUUGUUUUGGUUAUUUCUCUCCCCAACACCUGGGAUGCUGUCUAGCUGACAAAUUGACUAUAAUACUUUACAAAAUUUCACUGGACCUUCAGCCUUGCUCCAUUUUAGAGAUAAGAAAGCUCCAGAUAAGGGGCUGGGGAUUUAGCUCAGUGGUUCCAGCGCCUGCCUCGCAAGCCUGAGGACCCGAGUUCAAUCUCUGGUACCAAAAAAAAAAGGAUCCGGAUACCUUGUCCAGUGUGUUAUGGGAUGGAUGUCAUCUCCAGGAAGCAGAAACUUCCCAGUCUUUGUGUGCCA